GCGGCGAUCGGUGCUGAAGUGGGGCGGAUGGCAGAAAAAUAGCGGCGAUGGACAUUACACCGCAGGAUUCCCAUUUACGAUGUCGUUAGAUAAGGACUGGGAUAUCGCGUUUUCAUACCUAUGACUGUAGGACACUGACAGCCCAACAUAAAGGGAUGCUGUGUAUUCUCUGCUCCCUCUACUCCAAAGUCCAUAAAUGAUCCUUUUAUUGAGAUCAGUGGAAUCCUAGGAGGCGACGGCGACAGAAGCAAAAGAACGUGAAAUAAGGGAGAAAAAAAGGGGGAGGAAAGGAGUCAAAUCUCACUUCAGCUCUCGUGUCCCUUUCUGUGCCAGUUGGUCAGGGAUGGUGACACCAGUAAACUCUCCUCCCUGUGAUGAGAAGAACCUCAUCGCCUUGUCCUGCAUUUCCAGCAAGCCAAGCAGCCAGUCCGUUAGCCAAACAGACACAGUUCACGAGUCAGUCGCUUUAUUAACCAGCCUGCUAUCAUCCAGCAACCUAUUACCUCACACCAUGACUGCUCUGUCUGACCUGUGUUUAGGAACUCACUAAUUCAUGCCCCUUAGUGUGAGUGGAGUGGAGAUGAGAAAAAGGCAGGCGGCUCAUAUCGAGGCCCCACCCCAGGCCCCUGGACAGCCCCGACCUAACACCUGCUGUCUCUGCUGGUGCGGCUGCUGCAAAUGUCUAUGGAAUGAAGACAGAAUUGAGAGGAGCGAACGACAAACCUGCACCAAGAUGGACAGUAUUGAAGCUGCUGAAGAACAACACCCAAGUCUAGACGAGGCGCUGUCGUGGGCACGGAGCUUCGAGAUGAUGCUGCACUCAUUGGAGGGUCGAGAGGUCUUCAGGGAGUUCCUGCGCUCUGAGUACAGCGAGGACAACCUGCUUUUCUGGUUGGCCUGUGAAGAGUUGAAAAAGGAGACGAAUCCCUCAGUGGUGGAUGAGAAGGCCAGGAUCAUAUACGAAGAUUAUGUGUCUAUAUUAUCUCCCAAAGAGGUGAGUCUGGACUCGCGGGUCAGAGAAGGAAUAAACCAGAGCCUGGCGGAGCCCAGCAACCUGAUGUACGAGGAUGCCCAACUCCAGAUUUACACCCUAAUGCACCGCGACUCCUUCCCACGUUUCCUGAACUCCUCCGUUUACAGAGACCUCCUGGCCAGCAGGAGACGCACCUGCCUCGACACCUAAACCUCUCUACCCUUUGUCAUUGCCAUCAUACGCCAACAAGACUACUACUUAAACUUCAAAUACUACUAUGGUGCCAGAAGUCGGGUUUGGAAAGUCUCUCGCUCUGUUUUAACUGAAAAGACUGAAUGACGUCCAAAACAGCUGGUUGGUUUUUUUUUUUUGUUUUGUUUUUUUUUGUUUUGUUUUGUUUUUCUUUUUUUGUUUGUUUUUUGUUUUAUAUAUUUUUUAAGCAAUUUAUAUCCAGUUGUCCACUGGAGCCAGGUCGGCCUUUGCUGGCUGCUUAUUGGUCAAUUUGAGACCAUUAAUGCUGGCCAGUGCUUGUUUUGCUAGCAAUUUGUGCUGUUUGUUUCAGAUGGCGGGCCCGCCCACGUAUCAACCAUGGGUUGAAAUGGCCAACCAAAUGGUCAGGUGUUGGUUAAUUGUGGACAAGGACUCCUCAGGUGGUGAGGACAGAAAAAGAGAGACAUAAAGGACAAACCCACUGUUCCUGUACUGUAAUAUUUAGUCCUCACGCUUUUUACCCUCACUUUAAUAUUCCGUCUACUCUCUUUCACCAUUUUUAUUUGUUUGUUUGUUAUUGUUUUUGUCCCAUUUUUCUGCUUUACUUAACUUUGUUUUGCUUAUUAUGGUUCUUCACUGUCCAAACAUGACAACCAGUUGUUGGAGGGAAUUGGGGCCUUUAUGCCCUUCCAGCCAAUAGAAGCACUGGCUCUGCAUGCAAGCUCUCUAUCUCUCUACUGUAGCUUGAAGAUAUAAGCCGCGGACUGCAACUGUUUUUGAAUACUGAGAGGUAUUAAGGCAGAGGAGCUGUAUCUCCGUCUGGCUGUCUGUGUUCAGUGAAGGGAAAAAGUACACUUCUGCCAAUUUUAAGCUUUCUGCAGUUUUUAUGAGGAGAUUUAAAGGCUUCUGCCACAGAGGCAGCAGCACCUACCCAUCCAUCUAUCCAUUCAUCCAUCCGCCUGUUAUUCUAUCCGUCCAUCCGUUCGUCCAGACACUUUCCUGCGUUAGAAUUCUUUAACUGGGAGAAGUAAGGGCUAAAAUUGUGGUAGGGCAGCUACAUCUACUAUUAUGACUCAUGAACUUUAAAUGAAAAAUCUCUCCGUUGAGAAAAUCACAAUGCCUUUACAUGUUAUACAAAAAAAAAGGGCAGCACAAGUGCUGCUGGAGAUUUUCUGUAAAGCAACCACAGUUUGUCCAACAAUCCCUACCUCCCAUCCUUUUCCUCCCAUUCCGCCUCUCUCCAACUUAGACCAUCACAGCCUGCCAAGCACAGGUGCCCAGUAUAUAUAUGUGUGUGUGGGUGUGUGUGUGUGCAUGGAAGAGAGGGGGACGGCUGGAGAAAAUAAAAAGACACCCGCAGUAACACUUGCCCACAUAUAAAAAUUUAAAGCAGAAAAAUAGGGUUUGCUUUUGAUUUGCUCAGAGAACAGUAGCAAAUGUCCUGGUACAGAUCAUUUAAUUGUCUUUUUAGCCAUAGCCUCUGUUUGUAAGGCUUUAGCUUUAGAUGUUCUUGGUACAACUUUCUUUGAGGUCAAAUAUCAGCAGAUGCUUCUCUGAACUGGGUGCCAAACAUGAUUUCCAAGAUGCUGUUGGAGAUAUUCGAUUUGAUGUCACCAGACUGUAGAACGUCGGCCAUUCUGGAGUGUGGUAGUCCCUCAGUUAGCUAAUGCCUGCCCGAGACUCGUCCAUUUCCUUUUUCCUUACCAUAGCUGUGAAAGAGGGCUGGUGUGAUAAUGCUAGCAUGCCACCAUACCAGGCUAGCAAAGAUGUUCGCAUAGUCAUGCUGCACACAAGCCUUUUCAACAAAGCCAACUAGAUUUUUAGCAUGCUGUAGGCAAGCAGUUAGCAUGCUAGUUAGCAUCCUUUCUCCCACUGCCAGCCCUCACACACUUUGGGUUUUUUUUCUAAUUUGACAGCAUGCAACGAUAAAGGAUAUGUGUGUGAGGUACAGUUGCACACUUAACAGAAAAAAAAGAAACGUUUAAGUGAUUCUUGCCAAAUGUCCCGCUAGCAUUUUUAGCAUAUAAUAGGACACUGUUUUUUAUAAUAUGAAUAUUUGAACAUGAACUUUGUUUCUGAUCUGUGGAUCUGCAGUCGAAAGUGCAUGAGUGCAGUAUGUGCUGUUUUGUUUCAAGCCUCUGUAUACAUUCAUUAUGUCAUUUAAUGGAUAUCUGACCUCCUGGUCAGGAUGGUGGUUAGUGCAGUGUCACUGAAACAGUGCUGCACCUCUUUGAUAAAUGUAGGCAUCCAUGUUGCCAUCUCGUUUAACUACCUGAAGUUUAUGUGCCAAGCUUUGUCGGGAUGAAAAUUUUAGAGCAGAAGGUACAAGAUACUGAUGUUAAAUUGAAAGGAAGUUAAUAAAUUGUCGGAAAGUUAUCACAUGAAUCAACUGAAUCACCUUUCAGGAUAAAUGUUGUGUUGCUAGUGUUAAAUCAGUUAUGUACCUGACUGCAUAUAGUUAGCACCUGCACGUUUCUUCUGAGGAACAAAAUUAGGGGACAGACAAUUCAGUUGAUCUUAAAGAAACACAUUUUCAGGUUCUUUGCUUGGACCUUAAUGGAAAAGCACCCAUGGGAACGUUUGAUUUACAGCUUUCUCCUGAAUUGAAAUUGCAGUUUUGCUGUAUUUACUAAAAAUACACUGUUUAACCUUUGGCAAUACAGCACUCAUUUUCAGCCAACAUGUAUAUCCACCAGAGCUUGACUUGAUAUUGCUUGGCUGCUUUAAUCAAGAGCUGUGCAUGCAUGUGCCCAAUUGAUCAGAGGCAGAAAAAUACAGAAUUAGUUCUAAUUAAUGAAGGUAAAUUUUCAACUUGGACAUGUUUCAUUUCUAGGAAACACAAGCAUUUUAGAUGUUGCAUUUGGAUGACUGGAACUUUUCACCGUUACUCAUAAAGUUCUUGCUGGCAAAUCCCUCCUCUGCACAGUACAGUUCUGUUUUCAUGUUGUCUAUAUAUUAAUUAACAUGAGAAUGUUUCACCAAGAACCAGAUAAUGAAAUCAUGGUGCAAUCAAACCAAGUUUACAUUUAUAAAUUGUGAGAUGUGUGUACCUUAUUAAAUGCUCGUAACAGCGGGGAGCUAACAGCCAGCAGAUUUAGAGCUGACACGAGUCAAACUGGGAGAGUUUUACGGGGAGGACAUACACAGCAGAAAUACAGAUUUUUCUGCUUAUGUCUUUUCCUCUUAAUUUAUUCUGACUUUUACGCAGUGGGGAGUACACGGUUGUUUAUUUUUUAAUAACUGCAUUUUAAAUGUGGAUUUUACAAGCAAUGACGAUAAUGUAAAGUGAUGUAGUGUCAACGCUGAGUUUAGAUUUAUGUCUUUAAAUUUCCAUGGAUUUCAAGUGAGUUGGUUUUCAAAACAUGGCCAUGGUUUUAUUGACUUAGACACAAAAAGAGAGAAAAAAAAAGAAAGGUCGAGAGCUGAAGUGUCCCGACAGUAUGGAGGUAUGCGAAGCUUUGGCCUUACUGAUACUAUUUUUUUUUUUUUUCCUUUUCAUUGAAAAGAAAAAAAAGAUAAACAAAACUUCUCUGUAGGCUUUUCACUACCUCUCAUGUUGGUUAAUUUAUUUCACAUCUAGUUGUCAAAUGUACAAGUUGUUUUUAGAUCUACUUGAAGCCUAACACUGUAAACAAAAAUGUGCACAGAAAAUGACUAUGUAUAUGACCAGAGGGGUUAAAGAGAGCUUGGCCUAGUCAACAUUAUUAUUAUUAUGAAUAUUAUUAUUAUUAUUAUUUUGUUUGUAUGUAUGUUUGUUUUUAAUUGUGUUGAGCUGAACUAGAUUUUGCAUCUCUAUAAAGAAUUCAGGAAUCCACUGUCUAAGGGCUAAUCCCAUUUUUGCCUAUGCAAAUCUGUUACUGUGGGUGAGUUGGGAGAGGGCGAGCUACCGUACCUUUCACCUGUUUUAGAUGGACCAUGGUUUACAUUGCCCUUUGCUGAUAUUCUUCAAUCUUAUUCAGCAAAAAUGUAUGCUUAUUUUUGUUUCUAUAUAAAUAUAUAUAAAAAAUACAUAUAACAAGUAAUAUACAGAGAAAAUAGUAUAUGCCUUCGUGAUGAUGAAAAAGAAUACUUGCUGAAAACAAAUAAAUGUGUUGUCUGACAUUAUGUGGCUGUGUGCUGGAGUCUUGGUAAGAUAGGUGACUGGAAUUUAGCUGUCAGGAAAGCUCUCAUUUUUCAGGCUACAACAGUUAUAUGCUGACCCUGUGCAGUGUUGCCUAACUGAAGGGAAAAAGAAAACUAUAUAUAUAUGUAUUAAAGGAGCACCGACAUCAUGAAUACACUGACAUUGUUACCCAGCUCCCAGUCUGUGCAGCAAAGAAGGUAUUUGGGCCAAACUAGGACUUAACCUUGGCUGUAACAUCCUACUGUAACAUUUGCUUGUUUUUACAGCAAGACUAUGUAACUUUUGCUAAACAAAAGGCUAUCUUUAAAUGGAGUAUUGUGUUGAAACAGCACAGGUAAAGUCAUAAAGUCAACAGUUUACUGCUUAUGAGAGUCAAUUUGUUUCUUAAGAUUUUAAGGAAGUUUUUUGUUUUUGUCUUUUAAUGGUUACAUAGUCUUACUUUAAUGAGCUAAGUUGAAGCAAAUAUGGGAACAAGAGUGCUGAAUCAAUAAUGAGAUGAGCACUGUCCUUAUGUAAGUCACGUUCAUUUAUCAAGAUAAUAAAAAAACAGUCUACUGCCCAUGGAAUUGUUUACAUUUUAUCAUGAUUAUCUUUUUUUUUUUUUUUUUUUGGUUUGUUUGUUUUUUUUGUCAGUGCACACAACACAAAACUGGUGAAAUUGUAAUCAAGUGUGAUGUAAAAAAAAAAAUAUAUAUAUAUAUAUAUAUAUGAAAAAAUGACCACUUAUUUUUCUAUUCUUGUUUUCUUUGUAGCCACAUCUAGUCAGGCUAUCACUGUGUUGAGACAAGAGUGCUGAUGUUGAACAGAAGUGGGUUUUAUUUUUUCAAUAUUAAUGCAAGAUGUAAGACAGGUGAGGAGUUAAUCAUAGAUUUUUUUUUUAUUAUUUUUUUUUUUUUAAGGUUUGUUUUUUUGUUUUUUUUUUCCACAGUGCAUCAUGGCUGAAGAAGGGCAGGUCUGUCUUCUGACAGAUGUUGCUUUGGGUGUUUCAUCAGUUGGAUAUGGUGCCUCUUUAUGCUUCACAACAGACCUCAAGAUCUUUUUCUCAGUCUGUCUCAUUAUCCAUCUCUCAGGCUCUCACUUCCUCUCUAAAGCAUCACACAUACAAGGCAGAACACAAAUAGCCCCGUUUAACAGCAAAGCUCACGCUGAUGUUUUCUUACUCUGACAUGAAUACAGACUGGCUCAUACUGUCCUUUUUGUGCCUCUUUCAGAGGUCUCUGUGCUACUUUAAGAAAGAAAACAUGUUUGUGCAGGUACUGCUUGAAGUUGGUUAUCAACAGAUUUAGGCAAUCACUUUUCUCUUUAUUGAUUUAGAUGCCUAAGCCUCUUGGUUGUUGUCAUGCCUUUGUAGAUAGAUUGCAGUCAUUGAGAAAUGAUCUGCAGAUGAAGAUUUGAAAAAAAAGUUAGUCACUUAAGACAAUUGAAAAAGUGACCUUUUUUUAUUCAGCAUGCUUUGUGCUAAAUAAAUGAAAUAAUUCAGUUAUUUGCUAUAAACGAUACUGUAUGAGUAUGUAUUCUAGUACUGCAGUAUGCAGACAAUUAAAAAUAUGAGAAACUCUUUUAAGAGCUUCAUAUUUUUCUUCUAGUAUGUUUGACUAAUAUCGACAGUUAUGGGUGUUUAAUUCUUGUUUUGAGUGUUACAUGAAUUGCCACAAUGACUAAAUUACCCUCUUUGUAUUAACAAACAAUAUACCAUAUAUGGUUAUUUUCACAUGCAUGACUUGCAGAGAAUCUUUUUUUUUUCCAAGACAGCACUGUUUAAUCAAGAGUUUGGUCAGUCAAGCUUACAUUUUCAUGAUAUUCACUGAUUGCUGUAUGACUUUUAAACAUGACAAAGAUCAUUUUAUUUACAUUAAGCCAGGUAAAUUUGAUCUUUUUGGUCACUACUUGUCAAAAAGAAUGGAGGAAUAGUAGAUUUAUUUUCCUAUACAAGGUAUCAUCUUGCCACACUUAGGGGAUGUGUGUCAGAUUUAAAAUGCAGAGAUGAGGGAAUGUCAAUCAAGCUUUAAUAGUAGCCAGAAUACAAGUGAACCCAAAAGUCCAGUUAAAAACAUCUGAAAGCGCUGUGCCCCUAUCCCUCAGGGUUGUGUUGCCCCAGAGUUUGAUCACUUUUUAUUGUGAUUAAUCAGAGAAACUGUUCAACUCUCCUAAACUGUAGCAUUCAAAAGACUUUUGCCUCAUCUUACUGCAAUGUAAUGACGGUGUAUUUGUGUGAAACAUUAUAUUUGCUUAGUAUUGGUAAUUCAGUACGUGGUAAUACAAUUUGGAUAAUAUUUGUACUCCUUCCUAGUAUACUAGGUGGGCUAAGAAUAUUCAGCAUUGUUAAAACUGCUAAAUAUAAAGGAUGUGAAAAAUUAUUUAGGAAAAUGUUUGAAACCAAGACCUAGUGUAGCAAAUCGACGCCACUUUCAAGUUUGUGUGCUAAACAUAACGUUUACAAUGAAGCCAGCAGCAAGCUAACUUAGCUUAUCAAAAUUUUGUCUUGAUUUGUCUUGUUAAGGUUUAAUCCUUUUUCUACCACAAACCAUAAACUGCUGUUACGUUGCAAUUAUGGUUCACACUAAAGUUAUAAAUUAGCUUAGUUAUCUAAAGGCUAGGCUAGUAGUUUCACCUUACUAGCCUUAACUAGCUAGUCCUAGCUAAGAUAAGCUAAGCUAACCAGCAGCUCGAAUUGUAAAUGAACACAAAUAAGCACUUUUGCCAAAAUGUCAAGUUAUUCUUUAACGUAAUCAUUUAACAAGUAGUUAAAAUGUGUAGAAGACUCAAAGGAGGGGAUUAAAAUUGAAUUUCAUGUGGUCAGUUCAACUGUCCAGCUCAGUGCUUUUGGUGGAGAAAAUGUGCCAUAUUUAUUAUAAUCUGAUUUUUGUUUCAAUGUAAAGAGGUCAGAUGAAUUGUUUAAAUAUUAAAUCACAAUUUAUGUUGCACACAAUAUGGUCCUGAUGAAACUAAUUUUGUCAUGCGACAUUGCUGUGAUGGGUCUGUUUCAUCUUUCUGAACCAUCCAUCAACAUGUAAAUCACAAACCUUUGUAAACAGGUACUGAAUAUUUUGCAACAUGACUGGUGUGGAUCCCAAUCAGUCACACCAUUUCUAACUACAAAACUGUAACUUGUCACAAGAGGCUGUUCACUGUUUCUAAUUUGUUUUGAACUGUCUUGAUUUAUUACAACCGGAAGGCUAUAUCAGACACAUGUUAUCUCAAAAGACACAAAAACAGUUGUUUAUCAGCCUUGAACCUCAUAUGAGUUAGUGUCACAUUAACAGUGUGCUCAUGUUGUAGUACAUUUUAAUCUACUUAUCUUCUGUCUGUCUUUGUUUACAUGAUGACAUCUUGCAUUAAGAGAGAACUACAAUCUAUGGUAACUGCCCUUGAAUAUCCAUUAUUUAAAUAGUGCUGCUAGAGAGAGAAAUAUAAAUGUAAAAAUUAAAAAUAAAUACUGAAUAGAUUUUU